GACAUUUGUUUGUUGUUUGGCCGGUUUCCUACGAAUUUAUUUCGCAAAUUGUUUAUAAACAAUGGAAGUGGAAGAUACUGAAACGUUUCAGCAGCAAGCUUUGGAAAUAACACCACCAGGCAAUGAUUUUGAUCCCACUAAGCAGCCACAAAGUGGUGAAGAGUAUUUAAUGCACAUGCUGUACGAACGUAAACAUUGCCCGGCUGUUGUUGUCAAGAGGCCCACAAAAUUGGAGAAAAGCGGCUCUAAAACAAAUUCGCUUAAUUUGGAAGGACAAGAGUUAAGCUGUGUUGAUGUUUUACCCGAUGGCAAUCUAUUGCCAACCAUUGAAUGGAAGAAUAUACAAUCUGGCAAUUUUAUAAGAACUCGCUCCAAGAUAAUGAUGUUGCGCCAGCACUUGGUGCAACACAAUUAUGACAACUCUUUGGAGCCACCCAUGAUAACGGAUGAAUUGGCCUGGCUGAAGUUCUGUCAACAACAUCAGCCUCUUUUAAGCGUAAUAUUACGUUUUAAUCAACGUACUUUGGAGCAAUUACUGGUAAUGCUUAGUGAUUGGCUAAAGGGAGAAGGAAAUGAUGACACGGACGCUGAAGGUUUGCCCAUAGCAGCUGCCUCUUCAUCCACCUCAGCGGCCGCCUCUUCUGUAACGGUUUUAGAUUUAGCUUGUAGUGACCAGUGGCUGGGCGAUUGGCUGUAUGGUGUCUUGGCUUGCCUUCAUUUGCCCUUGGAGCCCAAUGUUCAUAGUACUUUAAGGGACAUAGCUAGAUCUUGUAUGCAGUUGAGAAGUAGUCUCAAGUCUCAUGAAUAUGAAAAGGCCAUACCUUAUAAUUUAUUUAUAUAUCUUAUUGGUAAAAUAUUUGAUCAGCUAGAUUUACUAGAAUAUGUUUAAGAUAUUGUAGUACGUACAUACAUGUUAUUUUGUAAGGAAAUAAGUUAAUAAAUAGUAACAACACUGUUGAAAUUAUAAUAA